AUGAUAGAUUUAUGCAUGAAUAAUGCUUGGCUUCUUUACCGUCGAGAAACUAAGCUGACGUGUGCAGAAUCAGGGGGCAACGUGGAAAACAUCAGUCUGAAAGAAUUCAGAUACUAUGUCUCGAAAUCAUUGAGAAUGAAAGGAAGAUCAACUGACUCGAGAGUGAACGAGAAUGUAGAUAUAAAACAAAGGAUCAAACAAGCAGUUGUAGUUAGACCACCAAUAGAUGUAAGACAUGACAGAGUCGAUCACUUCCCGCAGUAUAUAAGCAAAGGUAGAUGUCGAUUAUGCAAAAAGGGAGAAACUCAUUGGGCGUAUACCAAGUGUGGCACAAGACUAUGUUUAGUGAAAGAUCGGAACUGCUAUUAUACAUUCCAUCAGAGUAGUUGA